UGAGAAGUGUCAACAUUUUCAACUUUCAAGUAUAAUUUUAAUGUCUAUUACUAAAAAUUUACUUUUAAUGUAUAAUAAUUAUUAAAUAACACUAAAAUGUGGCGUCCAACAAUCUUGCGCAGAGUUGUGUUGUCUUCUAUUAAAGAAAAUAUUACAUUAACAAAAUUUUUGUACUCUACUAAAAGUCGAACUCCGCGGUCGACCGCUAAGCUAACCCUCAUUAGUGCGAGUGUCGGUAUUUUAGUAGGAGCUGGAUAUGGUGGUUAUACACAUUAUAAAAUAAACACAAAGAAAUUAUCUGGUCCAUCAGAAAAUGAAGAAUUUGCUUUUUUCAAAGACGCACCAGAAUAUAAGUCUCACUAUAAAGUUGUUAAUGAAGCUGACCAGAGUGACUUACAACUAGUAUUAUUCCAAUAUCAAACUUGCCCAUUUUGCUGUAAGGUUCGAGCCUACUUAGAUGCUCGUGGCAUUAAUUAUGAAAUAGUUGAAGUGGAUGCUGUUCUUCGUCAAGCUAUUAAAUGGUCAGGCUACAAAAAAGUACCAAUAUUACUUGCUAAAGUUGAUGGUGGUUAUCAGCAACUUUUAGAUAGCACAGCAAUUUUAUCUAUUUUGGAAACUCAUAUAAGAGAUAAGUCCUAUUCAUUGCGUGAUAUUGUAAAGUUUUAUCCUGUAACCAAAUUUGAAAAUGAUUCAGGAAAACCUACUACUGAUGUUACAAACAAAUACUUUAUUAUGCACAAUACUUCUGUACCAGAUGAGAAACAGCGUGUUGCUGAGAUUGAAGAACGUGAAUGGCGACAAUGGGCUGAUCGAGUCCUUGUCCAUACAUUAUCACCAAAUGUAUACAGGACAGUGAAUGAAUCACUAGAAACAUUUAAAUGGUUUGAAGAAGCCGGUGGGUGGAGACAGAACUUCCCCAGUUGGGAAUGUGCUGUGAUGGUGUAUGUUGGUGCCGCAGCUAUGUGGAUCAUUUCUAAAAGAUUAAAGUCUAGGCACAAUAUACAAGAUGAUGUCCGUCAGUCUCUGUACAAUGCAGUUAAUGAUUGGAUGAAUGCCAUUAAUAAAAAGGGAACACCAUUCCUUGGAGGUAAAAAACCUAAUCUUGCCGAUAUAUCAGUGUAUGGUAUUCUGAGCAGCAUCGAAGGUUGUAAAGCCUUUCAAGAUUUAAAGGAAAACACAGAUGUCAGUAAAUGGUUUGAUAACAUGAAGAAUAAUAUGAAUGAGACUCGAGGAAGAAUGAUAACAGUCUAAUUGUAACAUGGUCACUGUUAUUAAAAAUAACUGCAGAUGCGACUUGGUUUCAUUGCUCAUAUUUCAUGCUAGUGAUAUUAAUGAUUUAGUUUCUUUUGUAUAACAAUUUUAAUUUCGGUUUGAUGUUUUUAUUUAUGAUAGUUCAUUAAAGUUAUUCAGCAGGCUCAUAACAUAAUGUAAUCAUCAUUAUUUUCAUAAGUUUAUCAACAAUCAUUAUUUUAUUAUAUAUGUAUCAACAUGUAAAAAAACCGCGAAUUUUCAAUAUGUAGUGUGACUAUUAAUUAAGCCUUAAGUAAUCUGCACUGUAAAGUUUUAGAAAAAUGAUUCAAUUAUUAAUUAGAAAACUAUGUUGAUUUCUUUAGCGGAUUCGUGUUUAAAUAACCUAUGACUUUUUUUUAACAUAGCCUAUAAAAAUUGGCUUAGUAUCUUGCUUUAGCCAAGUAUGUAAAAGAAAUUAUAGAAACAAUAGUAAAUUUUUAUUUGUUAUUCAAUAACGGUUUUAUUCAUAAAGGUUGUUUAGUCGCGGUGUUUAGUUAAACACUGAUUUCCUGUGUAUGACAUUCGAUAGAAGAAGACGCAGCAUUUUUUAACAAUAAUUAUAUAUCCUAAUAACUAAACAACAUUUAAAGAAAAAGCCGUUUGUUGUUGUUGUAAUAAAUGACAAAUUAAUUUUUAAUAUAUUUUAUCUUAAUAAAAAUCCUGUAAGUACCAUUUGUGCGCAAUAUAUGCUUUACAAGCAUAACGUACUCCAUAAUCAUUAUUGAGGACAUAAUGCUAUUAUAAAGGUGUAACUUUGAUUGAUUGCAAUUGUUGGCUAUUAUUAUUUUUAUUAAAUGAAUUAAAAUCGCUUUUUCAGACAGGCAUUUUCUGUUAUGUCUACCCUUUUGUUUUGGCCAAAACUAAAUAUGUACAAACUUUGUUUUGCCUGCGACUUUGUUCUUUAUUGGAAUUAAGUUUUAAAAAAUAAGGAUAAUGUGAAUGUAUUGAUUGUCGAUUUGCGAAUUCUUAUAGGUUUCUAAAUGAUGUACGAUUUUUAAAUGCAGUUUAAGCAAUGUAGUAUACAUUAAUAGUAGUAUAGUUAAAGACGGUUAAUAUAUUCAAACAUGUAAUAUUUUUUAUAUUUACUACAUUUAAUUUAUUUUUGCUCUUUGUUUAUCGAAAAAUAUAAAUAUCAAGUGAUUGUUGAUAAAUUUUUGUUCUUUAUUUAUAUACUGGAUGUUGUAUUAACCCUCGCUAGUGCGUAUUUAUAUUUGCGGUAGUAAACUGCCAUUAGAAUAGACUAUGUAUUGUAGGUAUAUGAUUAAUUCAAUAAUAAAACAUUCUUGUA